CGGACAUCUGAGCGUUUCUCAUAAACGUUUAAUCGUUAAACGUUUGUUCCAGCUCCUAUUUUCAGGAUUUAAUUUCAUCAAGAUACUUCACUCGUUGUUGAAAUCAUUGAAACAAAGCAGAAGCUGCGAUUAAAAUUUCCUCUUAAAUUUAUAUAACCGACUACUCCAAUCGGCUCGAGCCCGCAUAAUCCAACAGCAAGAAAUGCCUGCAUGACACCGAUCGAUUCACAUGUUUUUCUAGAACGAUUAAUGAAUAAAUGGGAGUUGAAACUCUCGUUGAAAUGACCGUCAGCGAUGUUGUGGCGCAGAAUACAAAACGACCUUACGACGCGUGAUAAGUGCGAGAAAAGACGCGUUUCGACGACUCAACUCGUGGCUCAAAAAAUAGUCGUCUUCAAAUAGACCCAAAGUGCGAACACUCUCAUCGGCGAAAGUACCUUCGACUUUUUGUUCCUCCCCCCUAAAUGCCGAUCUUUGCAAACCAAGAAAAGUAUCACUCCGAGUGACAGAAACUGCACACACGUGUGCCGCGUUCGUGCCUACCACACCGAACGUUUUGCCGGUGCGAAAUACGGAUCGACUGCGUACAACACAGUGCGGAAUCUCCCACCCUCUGCCCAGCCCGUUCGAUCGAAUCUACAUAUCGUGAUUCUUCAUUCUUGUUAGCUUAUCGAACGUAUCGUGAAGGUUAAAGGGGUUGGCGAGGGACGGGAACACGCUGCGGGUGUUGUGAGAAGGAACGAUGAUCGUGCUGUGCGCUCGUAACUCAAACGAACUCCUCCAAAAGUCCCAUUUUCUGCAUUAGUUCGACCAAAAUUUUCGACUGUACAUAUACUUUCUUUAUUCGACCUGCAACAUCUGCCUUGAAAAAAGAGUUAAGUAGAAUAGACAGAGGGCAGAAAAAUUGGUAAAAACUCAAAAGAUUCAGACCACUUAUACAAAAAAACUCUUUUUUUUUCAUAAAUUCAAUUCACCGUUGUCUUAAACCGGUAACUUUGUCAAAUGUCAUAAGAAAUUACGUAAAACCACUCUUAGAGCAGCCUCGGCUCCGAGGAUUGUUGAGACUUGGAGAACUCCUUGUUACUUUUGCUCCAUCUUUUGCUUCCCUGUCGAAGAAAUAAAAAAAACAAUUAGUUUUCUCUCUCCUUACGUUAAUCCAAUUGCCAAGAACACGAUACCCGGAAAUAUUGAUGUUCUAUAUAAGAAAUGAAACGUCCUGCGUGGAUUGUGUGAAUACAAAGAGAGCAGCAGAUAAAGAAAAAUAAACGAUGGCGAGGUGAACUUUUCUUGUCGUCUCAAGCAACGUUGUUUUUCCUGCUUUCUUAGGUUUCUUGACGAAUGUGGUGUUAAUUUCGGGGUGAAAAACUCUGAGACCCGUCGAUCGUUUCGUGUCAAGAACGCAUCGAAUUCCCUGGUGAACUCCGCGUUUUGUUGAAGGGUUUGACCGUGCUUCGACCUUUAUUCACACCAUAUUUCACCGAACAAUGAAAAAAUAACGAGUCUUUCUCGAACGGGGAAAGCGAUUGAAUAAUUGCCCUGUCGAAUGCUUUGUGACCGCGAGAGUGUUGGAAUAUACGUGCUCGAUUCACGACGAAUCGUUCACUCGUCGGGAAUUCUCGGCUUUUUGUCACCAUCGACAAAGCGAAGAAUUGAAAAGUCAAAUUUGGAAAAAAAAUAAGCGCGACCCCAACUACUUGUGCUCGCUGUGACCAAACCAAAAUACAACAUUCUCGCGUCAACAUACAACUGAGGAAUAAUGAGAGUCCCGCUGGUACUACUCAGCGGCAUCGUCGUACUUUCCGUCGCAGUUGCAAGAGCACUAUCCUGUGUGUGCUCUCCUCUCGAGUGCGACGUUCUCACGGAGGACGAUUGUCCCGGAGGACUCACUUGGGAUCCUUGCCAAUGCUGCAAAGUGUGCGCUCGUGUCGAGGGCGAACCUUGCGGUGGACUGUUCGGCUUUUCCGGAAGUUGCGCGCCUGGUCUGCAGUGCGUCAUUAAAAAUCUCCUUCAUCAUACAAAAGAGGUCGACGAGGGAACAUGUUCGAAAAUUCCUGGACGAUGGCGGAGACACUGUCCCCAGGGUUUAAAAAUGUCCUCGCCAGGCUGCAACCUCAUUGGCGAAGGCAUGACCAACUACCCGGAAAAGGUGAAAAGUGCCGGCGGAAAGUGUUCCUGCGGACCAGCUGUGCUUUGGUGUCCAAGUGAACCGCGACCUUACACGUACCAGACGCGACACGAAUGCAUACUUAAUCUUGUUGCGAAACUCACUUACGAUCAAAAGUUCACCGCACCAGAUCCACCGACGAGUGAUAACGGUAAGGAUGCCGCAGUUUUUUCCAACAAACUAAUCUCAAGUAAGAGUCUCUCAUCGGUGUAUCCAGAGAGUGUUCACAGUACGAGAUGUCCUCCGGACAGUAUACUCACAGAGGACGGUGCUUGCGAGUGCGUGUCGGUCUGUCCGACCCACAAAUGUGGACCAGGCGAACGACCUUUAGAAGUAAGAGCCGCAGCGGUCCCGGUUACUCCAGGCAGCUGUUGCCCGCUGUACAACUGCGUUCCCUCAGAAACCAUUUCUUGGGACGAAAACGAUGAUAGUCAGCUACGAAAAAAAUGUGUCGACGAUUUCGGGAUUCCCCGUCCGUCGGGCGAGGAAUGGCAGCAAGGUCCCUGCGUCAAUUGCACCUGCGAAACGGGCGUUAUCUCGUGCCAUGCCACCAUGUGCAAAAGCUGCGAAAAUCCAGCACCCCUUUUGCCCGGCGAGUGUUGUCCUCGUUGCUUAACACCCACGAACGAGACGACUGCUCCUCCGAACAAUUGUCCGUCUCUCGACGAUUGCCAAUUACCAUGCGGCCAGUUCGACAAUGGAGUGGACGAGUGUCCAUCUUGCAAGUGUCCCAAAACAAAGUGUCUACCUCUCCAUCAGUGUGGGUCAAAUUGCAUGGUAGUGAAGGACGACGAUGGCUGUGACGCUUGCGCCUGCAAUAAGGACGAACAACCUGACGGCCCAUCCUCUCACAACGGGGCAGUAACUUCGGAAGAUUCCGGAGUCGUUUGUCCAGAACUCAAGUGUGAUUUGCACUGCGAACGUGGCCUGGUGAUGGACGAAAAUGACUGUACUCUCUGCCAAUGUAAGCCACAAGCAGGCUGUCCCUCGAUGGCAGGCUGCAAGAAAAAAUGUCCUUACGGCUACAAAACCAACAGACGCGGUUGCCCUGUUUGUCGAUGUCGUGCUACGUGCACCGAUCUCCACAAUACGACGCAUCCCGAGGGAACCUCUUGGGAACCAGACGUCUGUACAGCUUGCUUUUGCGAUUACGUGGGAAGACUUGUCUGCAAAGAGACAGUCUGCUCAGUUGCCUGCAGCAAUCCCCUUCCAGCACCCCCUGGAUCUUGCUGUCCAAUUUGUCCAACGAAGCAUCCGGACAGAAAUGGAACAGUGCAGCAUAUACCAAGAGGUUGGGGAACGGUGCCAAUAAUUCUCAUAUCAACUCUUGCUCUCAUCUGUAUAAUGCUAAUAUUCUACGUUUUAAGAGGAAGAUUUCGUGGUCGACUUUCACAAAAAGCGUCACUCUAUUCCACGUAUCCAACGCAAUAUUAUAAAUGUGUGCCAGCGUAUGAAAUGCCCAAUCACAGAAAUGAAAAAGUUGUUCCCCUCUAAACGGAAUUCAUUUUUAUUGCAAAUCCAAGUUUAUUUUAUUUUGUUUGAUGUAAGAAUUAGACAAAAUGUAGUGAUUUAUGGAAACGUGUUGUUUCCUUUUUUUUAUUAUUGAAAACAGAACUGGAAGUUUCGAGCGUCGAAUCAUCUCGCGUGUAUUUAUCUCCUUGUUUAUUUAUCGAUUUUGUAAAAUUAUUUUCAUUCCAUCAGUAUUGAAACAUUUUUUCCUCAAAUUCAUGAAAGUUGAAAGAAUUUAUCAAUUGAGAGAUCCUUGCUACUUUUUUAUGGAAACUUCAUAUCGAUACAGAUGAUCGCCUAUCAUGCAUACACACGGGCUAAAGGAAUCGAACUCUGAAACUGUGUUUGAUAUAUUUAUUAUCCAAUAUUAUUUAUUCAACAGAAAUGAUUCGAUGAAAGUGUUUCCAGUGUUCGUAUUCGCACGCGUUCACCUCGAAAAAUAAAUAAUUUGUGACGUGAAAAAUCAACUGGUGCAGAUAUGAUAACUGUUGAGGGAAACGUAAAAAAAUAAAUUAAAACAACAAAGAUAACUGAAAAGAGUGAAUAUUGUUUUGAUUGAUGAAAGAAAAAGUGGCCAUUUCAUGAACUAACACAACAAUACUGAACUUGUGUACACUUUUUUCUGUAUUAACUUACCUCGAAUAUAUCUUCCUCAACUAUAUUUAUUAAUUAAUGGUAAAAUGUAAACAUUGAGAUGCAGAGGGAAAACCGAUAACGACGACGAUAAAAAAAUACUUAUAAAUAUAUAAAUAAUAAAUAUAAAAAAUACAUAUACAUAUGUAAUGAUAUAACAAAAUGUAAAUAAGACGAUUGUAAGUGAGGUUGUGUAUAUCGUGAGAUUUUGAUCGAUUUAUCGAAAUUUCACACACUUAAUUUAUUUAUACUCGAAGAUGCUGACGAAAAUUCGAGUCGAAAAUCAUUUUCUUACGAAAUAAAUGGAAAAAAAUGUUUUUUUGGUUGGAAAAAAUUUCUUACAAAAGGAUUAUCGAAAUAAUCAUUUUGCCCAAAUAAUAAUGCUUCAGAAUUAUUUUUUCAUUGGGAGUGUGCUCGCAUACCUGACAGUAUAAUUUACAAGUAUUAAUAUCACGAAAAUGAUGUGAAAUUCGAUUUUUUCAUAAAUCAAUGAUUCCACCAUCCAUUGAUGAUUUGACUUGUAUUCUUUUGUUUACUUUUGUUAAAUUAAUUACGAGUUUUACGCCUGCAAAGUUAUAAUAAAAAUUUUGCUUUCGUUGUCGACGAUUCGAGGAACAAAUCUCGUUCAUUUUUGUGAGAUUCGAGAUACGCAAAUACCAUGAGAUUUAUGUUGCAAAUUUGGAUUGUAGAUUAUUUUUCACGUGAAAAGAAAAACCAAUGUCGACAAUGUGAUGUAUGUUAGGCAUUCUCGGUCAAACGUCAUCCUCAUAUAUACAAAACAUAUAUCUAGUGAGAAACGAUGACCAUGUGCACUAGCGCUGGAAUCAACAAUUUUUGGUUAACGUAUUAUUGUGCAAUUGAGCCAUUUACCACGAAGAGUUUUUUAAGUUUUUCGAUUUGAACCAUGUUUUUUGAGUUCGUAAUAAGAACAAUAAUUUUUCCAAAAGUAAUUUCAAUUCAUGAUUCCGGUAACUCAGAAUGCAAUUUAAAAUUAUGAUUCUCGUGAUUUUGUGAUAAGUAACAUUUUUCUAUUGAUUGGCCUGAAAAAAAAAAAACAAAAGUCAUAGUAAUGAAAAGGAGUGAAACUCUUGAAAUUUUCUGCUUUUCAGUUGAGCGUAUGAAAAUCUGUAAAAAUCGUAAAAAACAUUCGUGGCAAUUAGGUUAAUGACACGAUGCGCGCAACAGUGUUUUUCGUCGAGAAUUUUGUUGAAUUUCUUUGAUGAAUGAUAAAUAGCUGUGUUAUUAGACUGUUCCUACAUAACGUUCUGCCUCUGUUUAAUUUAAGAAUCUAUCUGCUUUAAUAUUUGAAAAAAAUCUACUAUACAUAUAUAUAAAUAUGAUUAUAAUAUUAAACAAAAUAAAAAAAUUAUUUAUCAUCGACAUAAAUUGAUUUGACGAUUUUUAUUUAUAUAUUAACGUAACGAUUUUGUCAAAAUAUAUUUUCUAUUAAUUUAUCCAAGUUAGAAUUUUCGAAAGUGAUAUGUUUUUUUCGUGUUUGAAAUGGGCGAGCGAAAAGGGGAGGCGAAGAGAGAGAAACGAUUUCCACAUAUCCACUCAUAAUUAUGUAGACGCGCGGGUGAUCGUUUCGUUUUUAAUUGAUAUAUAUUUUUUCAAACGUGAUACCUCGAUCACAACGGAGGAUUCUAGCUCGUACUAGAUUAUUCCGGGAGUGUUAACGCACCACGUAAUGUUAUAAUAAUUAAAUAACAACAAUAAUAUUAUUAAUAAUAUGAAAAAAACUAGUAAUAACUGUAACAACAAUAAUCAACGUAAUUAUAAUACUAACGUAUACAAUGGAUGUAGUUUUUAAGACGCGGAAUAACACAGAUUCAUGUAAACACGAUGGUGAGGUUUCACUUUUUCUAGAAAUAGACCCACAAUUUUUCGUAAUUUUCUUGUACGCGCAUCAUCGCAUUACGUAUAAUCCUUAUAAAUCACGCAGCACAGUGGCACAGUGCUACAGAGUUUUGAAUUGAAUGACGAGAAGUCUGGAAGAAAACGAAAAUUCAUUGGGUACUAAAAUCCCGAUAUUUUUUUAUUUAACAAAAAAUGCUGUUGUUCUUAUUUUUGUAUAUAAACUGAUAAAUCGGUUUUAACGUAUUUGCAUUAACUCGAUUUCUCAUUUUGGCAAUAUUGAAUCUUAUAAAUUUCUGAAGCGAUCUCUUUUAGGAUUUUUAAUGGGAAUCGUCGUGUGACGAUUACGGAAUACGAAAAUAUGCUGUUUACUGGUCUCAGGAUCGUAAUUUUUUGACUGGAAAAACGUGUUGAUCAAAAGCUGUCGCAUAUCAGUCGAGGAUCGUGAACUGUGCCGAUCGACCCUCGUUCCAGAAACCUCGUCGCACUUGGGCCAAGUCAAGCUCAUUCCAACUCAAAAAUCGACUAAACUCUGAUUUUUAUUACUUCAACCGUCGAUUCUAUGUUGUGAAAAAAAUUCGCCGCAAUAAAAAUGGACCAGUAAUUACAUAAUUGAAUUCGAAAAGCAACAUUUUUCAAUCGAACAGUGACUUUGAAUUAUUCAUAUUCGGAUAAAUGAAAACAUUAAAAAAUUAAUCUCAUAAUUAAACAAUAGCAUCAGCGAAGAAAAAACAGAGUGUUAAACCGAAGAAUUGAGAAUCGUAGUUUACUCGAUUCGACGCGGAAUGAUCGAUAUACAUUAUAAACAUGAAUAUUGUUUGUCAAUAAAGAAUAGGAUUAAAGUUUCGUACGUGUGUACCUUGGAGACAAUAUUUAUUACGAUUCGGAGUAGUGGAUGUGUAAAAGAAGGGCGAUGCAGUCCAGAUUUGUGAAUGUCAUUGACGCAACUUAGUUGCUUGAAUAUAAACCCUUAAAUAUUAAUACUAAUGUUAUUAAUAAUAUUAAUGAUAAAAUAAUGAUAAUAAUAUUAAGGUGAUGAUUUCGCGUGAAGGCUUUUUUGGAAUUUUUUAGGGAAAGCUACAGCGAAAUUUUUACAACACAUUCAUUAACAUUUUGUUUGCUAACAAGUUCGCUCAAGAUGUGAAUAAACAUGCGGUCAAAGUUUCGCAGUUUUAUCAUUCGCUAGUAAAUAUUUCCGAAAGAAUUGCGAGUAAAAGCCUUCACACGGGAUAACGGCAUUAGCGAUAAGUUUAAUGAUAAAAACUAGUGAUUUAACAUAUCCAACAAAAUAUUUCGGAAUUCGUUCUAUUUAAAAAAAAAAAACUUUGCUUAUUAAUAAGGACAAACGAAAAUUCUUUUGACGAGGAAUUGAUGUACAGUCCCUAUCGUCGAAAAUAUUACAGGGCUAAUUUAAUUGAUAAACAAUUGCAGUCAGAGACUCUGAAAGAAAUUUAAACGAUUAUUGCCAUUGAUUUUUUUAAGCACCGUAAAAAUUUUUAAUAACGAGUUCAUCCAUGGGACGUUUUGCUGUGAAUUUUUUUGUUAUUUUUAAUACCUUUUUCGACGAUGGUGUCUUCCCCGUUAAAGCCACCUUGUAAAUUCAUAAAUUGAUCGAAUAUAUCGAUCACACUUGCAUAUUGGAGUUGUGCUACAAAGAACACAAUAAAAACAACCAAACAAUGUCAAGUAACAAGAAUUAAAAGGAAGACACAAAAAGUAAAUCCAUAUCAGUGUAACGUAAUUUAGAUUUGAAAUAAAAACGAUAUAUGAUAUAAAUAUUAUAAUUAAUUAAGUCGUGUUUACAAUUAGCUCUUGUAUGUCAAAUAAAAGAAGAGUAAAUAAAAUAUAUUGUUGAAACUCGA